AUGGCCGUUGCAGAUUCUACACCAAUCUCUUUCGCUCGUCAACACCUGUGUCAAACGCCGUUAUUCCCUGGAGUGAUACAACCAAAGUUUCUACCUGCUGAAGUACGCGCCGCAAAGCAGACUAUGAAGACAGCCACGGCGGCUCCGGGACGGGACCAUGUUUGGGCCGAGCUCUUACGAGCUGGAGGACAUCGCCAAGACGAGAUACUUGCGGAACAUCUAACAUCCUACCUUCAAAAGGAAAGGAUCCCUGACCAGUGGAGAACCUUCCGAACAAUCCUUCUUCAUAAGAAAGGUGAUACGGAGGAUCUUCGGAACUAG